AUGAUAAUGCGACCACCAGGUCACAGUGGUAAAGCGAAGAAGGGGCACAUCUGCUUCGACGCCUCUUUCGAGACUGGCAACCUGGGCAGAGUGGAUCUUAUCUCCGAAUUCGAGUACGAUCUCUUUAUACGCCCCGACACCUGCAACCCUAGGCUUCGUCUGUGGUUCAACUUCACCGUGGACAACGUGAAAGCUGAACAGCGCGUGGUUUUUAACAUCGUCAACAUUUCCAAGAGUACGAAUUUGUUUCGAAACGGAAUGACACCGUUGGUGAAGAGCAGCAGUAGAUCGAGAUGGCAGAGAAUUCCCAGAGGACAAGUUUUUUACUACAAAUCGGCACAGCAUCAGAAUCAUUACGUUUUAAGCUUCGCCUUUUCAUUCGAUCGCGAAGAAGACGUCUAUCAAUUUGCUCUAACUUAUCCGUACUCGUACAGCCGAUAUUUAGCGCAUUUGGAUAAUCUUUGCGGGAGCAAAUUAACGUGUACGAAGAGAGAGACACUAGCCACGUCUGUUCAAAAGAGAAAGAUCGAGUUGAUCACUAUAAAUUCGAAUCUGGACGAGGCUCAAGAUCGUUCGAGAAAAGUGGUGGUUGUUCUGGCCAGAAUACAUCCAGGCGAGUCACCCUCUUCCUUCGUUUGCCAAGGUCUAAUGGACUUUCUGGUCAGCUCUCAUCCCAUUGCCCAAGUGUUGAGGAACUACGUUGUCUUCAAGAUAGUGCCGAUGUUAAAUCCCGAUGGUGUUUUCCUUGGCAAUUAUAGAUCGACGGUGAUGGGUGCAGACUUGAACAGAUCUUGGAACAAAAUUUCCGAGUGGCUUCAUCCUGCUCUGAUGGCUGUCAAACCGUUGUUGAAGAACCUCGACAAGAAUUCUAGAACGCCGCUGGACUGUGUGCUGGAUCUACACGCUCAUAUGAACGCCACGGGGAUUUUUGUCUAUGGAAACACGUACGACGACGUGUAUAGGUACGAGAGGCACAUCGUGUUGCCCAAACUACUGGCGCAACACGCCGAGGACUACGAAAUAGGGAACACGAUGUACAAUCAGGACCCUCACAAGGCUGGUACAGCACGUCGUUAUCUCUGCUCUAUUCUGAAGGAACACGUGAACUGCUACAGCAUCGAGGUAUCGAUGUACGGUUACAACAGGAAAGCGACUCCUGGAAUAUUCCCUUACACCGAGGAAGCUUAUUACAGAUUAGGUCGCAAUCUGGCCCGUGUGUUUAUGGAAUAUUACAAGUUGAUGGGUGUCAUCCCGGCUGGCCUUCCUGAUCAACCAUCUAGCAAACGGACGCGACAAUCUCGACCGAGAUAUCGCGUUCUAAGAGAUCCUAGGCCGAAAAACUCGAGGAAACCCGCGCCUAUACAUCUAGCCAGCAUUCACGAGUAA